AUGUCCUGUUUCAACCCGCCUGUUUUAACGCUCAGUUUCUACUCAUGAAUCAGAGUGAGCAACAGGCUUUGGGGUAAAAGAUCACGUGCUUCAACUGAAGAUUGCUUUUCUUUGUGUGAUCUUGUCAAGUUCUAUAUUGACAAUAUUUACCAGAAUGCAAAGAGUCUGCUACAUCCAGUGUGUGAGGAGACUUUGUGGUCCGUCACAAUCGUCCCUGCUUCUUAAAGUGAGAAACAUUCACAGAUCUUUAAGCCAAAUGCAACACAAUAAGGUAAUGGAGGACAACAAACCAUGGGCUCUGAUCUCAGAGGUGGGCAAACAAGGUUACAUUGAAGAGGUCAUGGACAUACUGAAACAACACUUUCACAUCUGCCUUAAAGACUUCCUUCAAAACUCUGCGGUGCACGGGCCAAAAGUUCAGGCGGUGUUAGUGUGGAACAGCCUCCCGGCAGCCGAGCCUACACUGCUUCGCUUGCUCCCCUCGCUAAAGGUGGUCGCCAAUGGAGGAGUGGGCAUCGACCACUUGGAUUUGCCGUACAUCAGCAGCCUGGGAGUGAAGGUAUCCAACACACCCGGUGUAGUGAGCGAUGCCACUGCAGAUAUCGCCAUGGGUCUUCUCCUGGCGUCGGCGCGCAGGAUUGUUGAAGGUCACCAACUAGCUGUUGACCCCAACAUGACUGAUUUAUCACAAGACCUGAUGGGAGUUGAAGUCACAGGGUCGACUAUGGGGAUUAUUGGAAUGGGACACAUUGGCUGCAAAAUUGCUCAAAGAGGCAAAGGAUUUGACAUGAGAAUCCUGUAUCACAACAGGACCAGGAGGAGUGUUGAAGAUGAGCAGGCGGUUGGUGCGAGUUACCGGGAGAACGUGGACGACCUGCUGAAAGAGUCUGACUUUGUCGUGGUGGCCGUCAACCUGACACCUGAAACCACAUCACUGAUCAGCCACAGAGAGCUGUCCCUCAUGAAACCCACGGCAACGCUGGUCAACGUCAGCAGAGGUCUGGUGGUGGACCAGGACGCUUUAGUCAAAGCUUUGCGGUCUGGAACAAUUCGUGCAGCGGCAUUAGAUGUGACUCACCCUGAACCACUUCCAAGGGAUCAUCCUCUACUCGGCCUUUCUAAUGUGCUGAUCACUCCCCACGUUGGCACCAACACUUACGCUACAACACGAAAGAUGGUGCAAAAGAUGGUCGAUAAUGCUUUGGCUGCAGUGAAUGGACAAUCUAUUCCUAAUGAAGUCAAACCAAAAUGACGUCACUGAUGCUACCCCGCCUGUCUGUAGUUGGAAAUGUUUUCCUAAUGCAGGACGAAUUACAUCCAGCAGUGUUCACCUAUUUGUUCGUUCCAACAAUCCGCUGUCAUCACUGUGAUCAACACAGUAACAAUAGUAACAACAAGGUAACUAACGUAUCAUUUAGCAAACGUUUAAUAUAAUUUGUCUGUAAACGUUGGGUACAAAAUUACAUGAUUGCUUGAUUACAUUAAUGCCUUAAUAUAGUGUUAUAACUAAUUUAGGCCAUGACUUUUACCAAAAUUAGAGCAUCUCUGUUGUUAUCAUUUCACAUACGCCCAAAAUUGUUUUAUUGGCUCAAAUUUCCAUAUAUCUUGGAUUGAUAGAUUUUAGUGUUUCAUAUUAGUCCAUCAUUUCAUAAUGAAGAGUUUUAACAAGAUCUUAUACCUAUUCCAGAUUUGGUUGAUGCUAGAAUACACUACUAUAUACACUGAUCAAAAAAACGUGGGACCUGCCUUACCCUGGUAUGGCACCCCUGGAUGUAUAGUGCUUUUUUUCAGGCGAAUAUUAAAACUUUGCAUUUUGGCUCUGUGCCAUCUUCUUUCAUUUUCCUAACCAGUAACAUAUAUAUUUACACAUCACACACAAGUGUUCCCCUUUAUCCUGACAACAAACAUUGUCAAAAAGACCUUGUAGUUGCAGAGAAAUACCCUUCUUUACUAUGGGAAUGCUAUUUUUGGAGCUGAGACCCCAAAACAGUGGAAAAGGUUAAGAGCCUUUUGAAGAAAAGGAGAACGUUAAUUAGCAUAUUCUUAAUAUAGGAUUAAGUGUAGCUUUUUUUUACAUGAAUGCUAAAGCAUGUGCAAUAACAUAUUUGUAUUUAUAUCUAUACCAGUGUUAUUAUAUUAUAUAGGAGGUGGUGGGGGGGGCACCCUUCUCCUGCAAAUAUAAAGAACAUAAAAAUAUUUCCAUAGAAGUUAUAAAAUUACAGAGAAUCAUCACUUCACCCCAGAAGUUUUUUCUUAAUUACAUUCCAUUUAAAUUAGCUGAUACUUUUAUACAAUUGUAAGUGCUAAUAAAUUGCUACCUAUUCAAGGUGUAGUCAGUAGAAGUGUGUUUUUAGUUUCUGACUGACUUGUUUCUGCUGUCAUGAUUUCAUUAGUAAGCUCAUUUCACAAUUUAGGGCACUAAUGCUGGCAGAAGUUCAUUAUACAAUUUGAAAGCUUGACAUCAAACUCUGGUUUUACCUGAAUAAUUGGCGCCCUGAUUUGAAGAACUGCCAUCUUCUGUUCUG